AUGUCGACCGGAAACGGAAAAUGGACCAAUCAUAAGGGAAAAAAUCGAAGUUUUACAGACCCCGAAGAUUUGGAAGAAGAAAGACGCAGAGAAGAAGAGGAAAAAGCCAAAGGUCGUAGAAAUAAAGAAGAUGAUUCAUCUGAGGAAGAUAAACCGAGUAAAGAUAGAGUAGGUAGUUCUGAUUCUGACUCAGAAACUGAAUCCGAUGUCGAAGUUGAAUCGAAAGGAAAAGGAGUGGAGAAAUUAAUAGAAAUAUCUAAUCCAAAUCGAGUACAAAAAAAAACUAAAAAACUAUCUACUUUAAAUGAAACCUUAGCUGCCUCAGCUUCAAAACCUGAAUUAUCGAGAAAAGAAAAAGAACAGAUAGAAAAACAAGCUGCAUAUGCUAAAUAUCAAAAAUUACAUGCAGAAGGUAAAACCGAGCAAGCAAGAGCUGAUUUAGCUAGACUUGCAAUAAUUAAAGCUCAAAGAGAAGAAGCUGCUAAUAAAAGAAAAUUAGAAAAACUUCAAAAAGAAGAGCAAAUGAAAUCGAAACAAGAGGCCAUAGGGAAAGCAUUGGGUAAAAAAGUUUAA